AUGUCGGGUAUCAGUCUUCUUUGGACGGCGCCAGAGGUGAAUCCAAUCAACAAGAAGGCACGGUCAAUACCGCUCCUCAACCCGAUCGGCGUAUACGGCCGCGUCUUUUUCUUUUCGUGGUUUGGCUUCUUUGUGGCAUUCUGGUCAUGGUACGCGUUCCCGCCUCUGCUUCACGAUGUGAUUGCCAAGGACCUGCACAUCUCCACGCAUCAGAUUUCCAUCUCCAACAUCAUCGCACUGGUUGCGACUCUGUUGGUACGACUAGUUGCCGGGACUGCUUGUGACUACUUUGGACCCAGAUGGACCUUUGCUGGAUGCCUGCUCCUCGGCGCCAUCCCGACUUUCCUCGCUGGAACAGCAUACACGGUUCAUGAGCUGUAUGCUCUGCGCUUCUUCAUUGGGAUCCUCGGAGGGAGCUUCGUCCCGUGCCAAGUCUGGACGACCGCCUUUUUCGACAAGAACGUCGUCGGUCGAGCAAACUCGCUCACCGCCGGUUUCGGUAACGCUGGUGGAGGCGUGACAUACUUUGUCAUGCCCGCCGUCUACAAGGCUCUCGUCAAUGACGAUCUGACUCCGGAUGUUGCGUGGAGGGUGGCCUUUGUCGUGCCCGGCAUCAUCAUCAUCGCCGUUGCUGCAGGUCUCGUGCUUCUGUGUCCCGAUACUCCGACGGGGAAGUGGUCGGAGCGGAUCCAAGCAGCUGAUUCCAAUCUCCGUCAGCACAACGUGCAAGCAUCCAUCGUGGACGUUCCCGGAAGCGUCACAGCAGAGCGCAAAGCCUCGGAGAGCGAGGAGGGGGAAAAGUCCAAGAGCGAGAGUCUCGCCGACGAAGAGAAGAAGCUCGACAACACCCGCGGCACCUUUGAGGACAACGAGGCGCAAAUCGGCGAGCAGGAAAUGCUCGACACUGCCCGAGGGGAAAUCAUCGUCAAGCCGUCGUUCAAAACCACGCUCAAAGUCAUGUGUUCGCCGCAAUCGGUCGUCCUCGCCCUCUGCUACUUCUGCACCUUUGGCACCGAGCUCAGCGUCAACAGCAUACUUGGGACCUACUUUGGCGCCCGAUUCCCGUAUCUUGGCUUGCAGGGCUCAGGCAACUGGGCGGCGAUGUUUGGGCUGCUGAAUGCCGUCUUUCGCCCCUUGGGUGGCGUCCUGUCGGACUAUGCCUACAAAUACACGCAAUCGCUGUGGGCGAAGAAGCUCCUCAUCCACGGGUACAGCAUUCUCGCCGGCGCCUUCCUGGUUGCGCAGGGCGUGACGGACUCGCCCUCGCUCGGGCAGAUGAUUGGUCUGAUUAACGUCGGGCUGGCCUUCUUCAUGGAGGGCGCCAAUGGGAUGAACUACGCCCUUGUGCCGCACGUUCACCCUUAUGCGAACGGGGUGGUGUCGGGCUUUGUGGGCGCGAGUGGCAAUCUCGGCGGGAUUGUGUUUGCGUGCAUCUUUUUGAAGGAGGGCAAGGACUACGGGCGGGCGAUUUGGAUCAUUGGCACGAUUGUCAUGUGUGUGAAUUUGGCGGUUUGCUGGAUUCGACCGGUGCCGAGGGGUCAAAUUGGAGGGAGAUGA